AUACACCAUAAUAUCCACAAAUCUGAAACUUCUGCAAACCUUAAUCUCUUAUAUUUUUCUUUUGUUCGUCCAUGGGAUCAUGCCCGGACAGCCUCCAAGCCGUAUUGGGUGCACCAGGAGCGAAGGGAGGGACGGCCACGGCAUUAAGAAAAGAUGGGUUGACUGAAUUCAUGCGGUCAAUUAUGUUACAAAACCAAGAACCCUUUUACGUAUUAGAUUUAGGAGUUGUCGUUUCGCUCUCUGACAAAUGGACUCGGAGCCUUCCUACUGUCCAUCCAUUCUACGCCGUCAAGUGUAACCCCAACCCUGCCCUUCUGGGUGCCCUUGCGGCUCUCGGUUCAAACUUCGACUGCGCGAGCCGGGCAGAGGUUGAAGCCGUUUUAGCACUUGGUGUGAAACCAGACCGCAUCAUUUUCGCAAACCCGUGUAAACCAGAGUCUCAUAUCAAGUACGCAGCAAGUGUUGGCGUUAAUUUAACAACGUUUGAUUCGAGAGAAGAGAUUGAGAAGAUCCGGAAAUGGCAUCCGAAAUGUGAUCUACUGUUAAGGAUUAAAGCUCCAGAGGACGCUGAAGCAAGGUGUCCACUAGGUCCCAAAUACGGCGCACUUCCCAGUGAAAUAGCCCCACUACUCCAAGCCGCUCAAGCUGCAAGACUCAAUAUCAUAGGCGUUUCGUUUCAUAUAGGAAGCGGAGACGCACACUCUGGCGCGUAUCGUGGAGCCAUAGCAGCCGCUAAAACGGUUUUCGAAACAGCAACGAAGCUUGCCAUGCCCAGAAUGAAUGUACUAAAUAUUGGCGGCGGUUUUACAGCUGGCCCGAAAUUUGAUGAAGCUGCUUCAGUAGUGAAAUCCGCUCUUCAGACUUAUUUCCCAAACGAACCGGGACUGACUGUCAUAUCGGAGCCUGGCCGAUUUUUCGCGGAGUCAGCUUUCACGUUGGCCACAAACAUAAUAGGGAAGCGUGUACGGGAUGAACUACGGGAGUAUUGGAUAAACGACGGGCUUUACGGGUCCUUUAAUUGCAUUCUAUAUGAUCAUGCAACUGUCACGUGCACGCCGCUUGCUUGCACGUCAAAUCGUGCAAACCCGACGUGCAAGGGGUUGCCAACCUACAAAUCCACGGUGUUUGGACCGACGUGCGAUGCUCUGGAUACGGUAUUGACGGGUUACCAGUUACCUGAACUUGAGGUGAACGACUGGCUUGUGUUUCCGAACACGGGUGCGUAUACGGCGGCGGGUGGUUCCAGUUUUAAUGGGUUUAACACAGCUGCCAUUUUGACUCAUCUUGCUUACUCUAAUCCAAGAUGAGCUAUUUCAUGGUUAAUGGCCUCUAACUAGAUAAAAUGUUAUGUAUUUUUUGCCUUUUUGUUGACCAUUUAUUAUUGUCAUGUUUAUCAAUGUACCAAUGGAUUUUGGGUUAUAAAGACUUAUCUUUUUAUUUAA